AUGUUAUCGUACUUUAUCUCAAAUAUACAAUCCCAAGCGUUAAAAAGCGAUUUUGUAGAUUAUGAUCCUAUGAGUCUUAAGUAUGACAGUGGUGCACUGCGUACAGUUGUUGGCAACAAGAAAUUGCUAAGCAAUUAUGACUCGGAAGCACAGCAAAUAUUUGAACUUCCGAACGGACAGAAGAUCCGUAGUCAUGGCUCUGGAGAUUUAGUAAUCAACGUUAAUCAUCAUGAGUUAGUAUUAAAAGACGCUCAUUAUAUUCCGGGAUUUAAGAUUAACUUAGUAUCUUGUGGCCAAAUAACUGCCCAAGGAUAUGAUGUUAUCUUGUCUCAUAAAAUGUUAUUGUGUGUAAAUUUUAACGAAAAACAUGUUAUCUUUGCCAAACAAUCAUUAAAUACCAAUCUUUUCACUGGACCAUCGAGAGGAAAAGUAUACUCGAAUGGGAAGAUGUUUAUGGAUAAUAAUUCAUUCAUCGAAGAUGAAGGUGAAAGAAAAGGUUAUUUAAACAGCAUCAAUGCCAUGACAAAAAUAGUUGAUCCAAGAAUUGAUCAAGUUGUGGCAAACCCCGAUGGUAGAAAAGACUUAUACUACUAUCAUUUGAUCACUGGUCACAUGUCAAUUAGAUCAUUAAUAAGAUUGCAUGAACAAGGAAGAAUCAAAUGUUCCAUUGACGAUCAAGAUGCGAAAGAUCAGAUCAAAGGUUGCAAACAAUGUAUACUUGUUAAUGCAAAACAACAUUCGCAUAACAAAACAACUCAGUCUCCACCCGAGCGGAGUUUAUACAGGUUCCAUUGUGAUAUCAUGGGACCUUACCAUGUCGGUCAUGUGAAGUAUUAUAUCACAUUGAUAACUGAUCACUAUAGUGGAUUUUCUUUUACAAUAGUGAAAACAGAAAAGAGAUUUACAAAAGAAAUUUUAGAUCUUUUUGAACAUCUACAUGCUGACCUUUACCCAAAGAAAAUUGCAAGGUUUAGGUCAGAUAAUGCCAAAGAGUUUCCAACUGAGGCAGAGUUAGGUACUUUAAGAAUAAAGAAAGAAGUUUCGCCUCCCUAUUCAUCUGAAAUGAAUGGGAUGGUAGAAUCGCAUAAUAACGUAGUAAAGAAGCAAAUGUUAUAUGUGAUGUUAAACUUCCCUAACCGGUACAAAGAAUUACUUAUAUUCUUUUGUGAGAUUGUUGCUUACGCCGUAUUUAUUAAAAAUCAUACGCCGUCUGAGCGAGUCGAAACCCACAAGGGUUGGACGCCACAUGAACUAUUCUACGGACGUAGAUAUAGACCAAACUACCACCAGCUCGGGGUAGAUGUGUUUGUCAUACUCCUGAAUAAACAGGAAGCAGAGGCAUUAGGUGUCCAAUUUAUCAAAGGAUUUCAUAGAGGUGUACCAGGUAUCUUCUUGGGUUAUGGUAAUGACUCCAAUGUCUACCUUAUCCAGUUAGUCGAUGGUAAUUAUACCAGAAGAUUAUUUGUGAAUGUUAGAUUUUUAGGAUCUAUGAACAAUAUUAAUACAUUCCUAGAUACUUUCGGCGAAAAAAUGCGGAAGAAUAUGGAUGAGUCUGGGAACUUUCCAUUCUUCGAAGAUUCGUCUAGAAAUGAACUACUCAAUGGUCGCUAUGUCCCUUAUGAAGAUCACUUGCCAACACAAGGUACAUCAUCCCAAGAUGUCUCCUCAGAUAGACCAACCACAAUUGAACCGACAGCUACCAAUAUCAAUAUGGAUGAAUUAAUAGCAGAGGUACCAGACGAAUUCUUACAGAACAAUAUAGCUGGAGAUUUCUUAACUCAACAAGGAUUUACUUUUCCACUGUUGCAAGUUACUGGAAAAUUGUUGGAACACCAAUCAGGACAAAGUCUUGCUCCAUAUAACUGGAUGAGUAAAGACAACAUGGAAUAUCUGAAAAUGGGGAGUGAUCAUAAAUAUUUGGGACAGAACGACACGGAAAAUAUUGAACCCAAUAAGAACCAACAGGUUGAUAUUUCAGAACCAUCUUUUCAAAGUUCAAUGGCAAACAAGCCUAAUGAAUCAGAUCUUGGUGUAUUACCUACUGCAGAUGGUAUACGUCAUGGAGUACCUAACGCCCGGGGCGAGACAACUCAAGAUGGGACAGUCAGUUCUAACAUAGAUAUGCAUCAACCGUAUUCAACAAUACCAACUCACAGACCGCCCCCGCCAGUAGGGAAGAAUGUUCAAUUCCUGGGAGUUAACAACGACUCUACGACAUUACUUCCAUCUGAGUGGGGAUUACCACCUCAACAGCAUCUCAGUAAUGGGGGAGCAUACGAGUCGCUGCCGGUUUCUAACGUUACCACUAGUGUCCGAUUAUCAGCCUCAACCAUGAACAUUGAUGUGGGAAAUAAAAAUAGUAUCAAGAGAACAAAAAUUGAUAGGCAUCCUUUACUUCCGAAUAAGGAAACAGUGAAUGAGAUUUCAGUUAGAAUCGAAGCAUUGAAAAAUGAGCAUAAUCUAAAUAAAACAUUAGAUACCAUUGCAGAUUCUUACUUAUUCACUAGAACAUCUGAACUCAAAAAUGAAAAUAUGGCUUACUACAAAGGUAAUGGUAGAGUCUCAAAGCCACCAAUGCUUCUUAACAACUUGAAGAUUAUUGAUGAGCUUAUCCCACCAACGAAACACAUUUCUAGCAUAGAAGCAAGACUAGAAACACUGACAGGUGACUUGAAUGAUAUUGAAAACGAUAUUGAUUUGAGUGUUUAUGGUGUGGAAAAGUACGUGGAUUAUACUGAUGAAAAUUGGAGAAGAUCCAUGGACAAUGAGAUGAAAAAGUUCAAAGAAAUGAACGUCUACCAAGUAGUGAAGAAGAAAAAGAACUUCAGAAUGAUACCCGCAAAAUGGGUUCAUUCAUAUAAGCCAAAUGACCCAAAAGGGGAAUUUUUCAGGAGUCGCUGUGUUGUCCAAGGAUUUAGGCAAAUCCCUGGACUCGAUUUUGAUAAGAAUUGUGUCCUGUCACCAGUUACUGACCUUACUACCAUCAGGGUCUUGACAGCGAUAGCCGUAGAAAGCAAGGCUCAAAUUCAUCAUAUCGAUAUAAAGUCAGCAUAUCUCAACGCGACUUUGCCAAAAGAUACUCCGAUUUUCGUUAAGCCACCUCCUGGAUAUGAUGACGGUAUACAUUGCUGGAGGUUGGUGAAAGCGGUGUAUGGACUCAAGCAAUCAGGCUUCGAGUGGCAUUCCCAUGUCAGUAAGACAUUCAAGAAAAUGGGAUUAUAUCAAUGUGAAAAUGUCGAAGGACUUUUUAUGCUCGAAAAGGUAAUGAAAAAAUAUACAUUGCUUUAUACGUCGAUGACUUAUUCGUCGUUGCCUCCAGUAAUCAGUUCUUCAAUAAAUUCAUGGACGAUUUGGAGGCAAAAUUCAGUCUAA